UGCUUGUGUGUGUCUGUCAAUGUGGAAGAAAUGUGUGUUUGUGUGCAUAUAUGGGAAUGCAAGUGUGUUCACAAAACUCAUGUACGUUUGUGUGUACGUGUGAAUUCAAAGUGUGUGUGAACACAACGCGUGUGGUGGCUGACAAGUAAUUAGUGCAGAAACCACACACACACACUUAAACACAUUGAAAAACACAAACACAAGCCGUUGACACGCACACACGCAACCAGGCAGCAAAAGGGUUAAGAGGGGUCGCAGAAGGCCAUGCGCUCAAAAGUCUUUGUCACUUUGAUCGACGACCACGCACACACACAAACACGCACACGUUAAGAAGUUCAAAUGAGGUCGCCAUUUUGUUAAGUGGCCAGAGCCCCAAAAAAUAAAACAUAAACACACAAAAAGUGUUUCUUUUGCAUCUGAACAACUUUGUGUUAGUGUCGCACAAUGACUGAUGACAUCACACACAGGAAGUGAAAAAAACAAGAGAAGGAUUAAUGAUCUUAGCUUAGCUUCAGACGUGCGAUUAGCAUUUAGCUGACUUAGCUAAAGUCGGCCUGCCGCUACCUCGAUACCCUGCCGACACACACACUUGCACACUUCCAUUCAGACACUCACUCUCACACGUGAGCACACACACACACACACACAGUAAAGCCGUUAAAAGUGAGAUUGUUGAGAUUGAGAUUGGCUGCUGGAAUAAAAACAUUUGAUUUGGUUUCCCUGGAGGGAGGAGUGCCCGUGCGCGCCCCUGGGGGCGCCGGCCUCGUUGCGCCCGCUCGUCCGGUGUCCUCCCGUUGGCCACAACAGCAUGCUGGCUAAACAAUGAAAACCUUGAGAGAGCGUGUUUGUGUGUUUGCGUGUGUCCUGUCGAAGUUGACGUUGCCGCAUCCAUCGCUUUUGCCGACGUGGAACCUGAAGGGAAAAACGAGCGCGUGUGUACAAGCGUGUAAUUGUGUGCGCGUGUGCUGCGUUCGCGGUCCGUAAAUAAUAGCGUCACCUCCCACACGAGCACGCGAUACAAAUCCACUUUCAACACUUACAGACGGGUUUGCUUUGUGUUGUUGUUGUCGUUGUCAUGGUGACACACACGUCCGUCCAAUGGUGUGCUUGUAUUUCUCACUGUCACGCUGGUUGCCAUAGUAACGGCAGCGGUGGGGUUUUCGGGGGGGGUUCUCAAUGAAGCAGGCGUGCGUUUAGCUCCAAUGGACGGCUAACUCUCGAGCAGCUCCAGAUGCAUUGUGGGUACCGUGGGGCCAGUUUACUUCAUGUGGCGCACGCGCACGCGCGCCGUGCUGAGUUACGGCGCAAUUUGCAGAGCGAGAGCUUCUCACUGAUGACCCGCCGCCGGCCUCGCUAUUUAUGAUCUGGCGACGCCAGUCACAGCGACUUGGUUUCCUUUUGAUUUCUUGUUGUUUAUUUCUUUCUUUGUUGUCACGCUGACUUAGUUUUGUAUUUAUUCGUCGUGCGGGAGAAAGAUUGUUUUGAUGUCGUGUUGAGUCGUUAUCGGGCAACCGCGCGCACUCGCGCUCCGGCUUUGAGUUGCCGAGCGGCCAUUUUGUCUCAAUGUGUUUAGCCUAGCGGAUGAGCUAAUGAGCUUCGCCUAGCCUAGCGCACUCGUGCCAUUGCUCACACACUCACGCGCUCGCACACACAAACUGAAAUUCACACACACACUUGCACGCUCAUGGACCUUGCUUCUUAGUUUUCUCGUCAUUGAUUACUUACGAUCACGUCAACACAUUCAGACGGGGGAAGAAACACGCUCGGCUACGGGCGCCUAGCAAGCGUUCCAAACUGUGCCGAUCACUCGGAACCGGCGCGUUUCGAGGAAGACUUAGCAGAAAGCGCCGAAACCAGCUGCGGUGCCCACUAUUUUUCCUACGGCCGUCGGCACCUCAACCGCUAGCAACCCGUUGUGCGCGUGCGCGCUCGGCGUCCGUCUUGCCGAGGCAGGCGAAGGUUAGCGAGCCCCGCGCUAGUCGUCCGCGUCGUUGCCCUUUGUGAGUUAGUUGGUUAGUUCAUGAGUUCAUUGGUUUAUUUUAGCAUGGGUUGGUUGCUAAGUUAAAUCGGUUGACUAAUCUUCAUUGGUCGGUUCAUGAUUUGGUUGGGUUAGUCAAUGAGUCACGUUGUUAAUCGGUUAGUUAAUGUCGAAGCGAGUCGGUUAGUUGGUGAGUUUGGUGGUCGGUUAAUCUGUUAGUUGUAAAUGUUGUUGACUUGAUAUGCAAAUGAGUCACUUGGUGAGUUAAUUAGUUGUUUGAUGUUCAUUGGUUGAUGAGUUAUGCCGUGAGUAAAUGAGUUUAAGGGUUACGUGAGUUGGUGCACAUGUGACCUCGUCCCUCGCCGAUGGGACACCAGGUGGCCCCUGUCACGUGACUGGCCGGUGCGCUUGGCGGUGACGUGACGUCACAACUGCGUUUAUUUGCUUUCGUUUCAAAUCAAAAUGCAAUCGAGCAAGUUGACAUAAAUCGUGCGAAAAGUCUGACGUGCUCGUGCGUGUGCGAGCAGGCGGGCUCCGCGUGCACGCGCCGCCUCCUCUUCCUCCUCCUCCUCCUCCUCCUCCUCCUCGCUUCGGACGGCGCGGCCACGUCACGGCGCACGCGGGAUGCUUCGGCUUUGUUCCGCGUGGACACGAAGCAGCCGCCGGUCGCGGAGCGGACCAGCGGAACCGCCGCCGCCGUGCUCGGGAUGACUCGUCGGUUCCGACCGAGGCUUCCUGCGUGACGCUUUUUUUUUUUUUUUUGGGGGGGGGGGGGGGGGGGGGGCGGCGUGGAAUAAUAAUCCUAAUUCUUAUUUUUGAUGACGCUCGCAGGACUUGAGAGUGGAAGGGAGCGAUUUGAAAAGCGAAGAACGUCAGCCGCUUCUUGCUGGACUUCCGAUCAUCAAUUAGCGGACGAUGCACGUCGAGGCGCAACAGAAACAUUUUGGGGGAUUCUUCUUUUCUUGCAAUAGAGCGACAGCGACAUUUGCUCAUCGAACUAAUCAUAAGAAGGUAGUCGAUGAGGAUCACGUGUCAAGCUCCUCUUCCUCUUCUCCCUCCUUUGAGGCCUUCUGUGACCCCCUCCAAUCCCAGCAAAGUUCGAAGUUGAAGCCGGCGGGCGCCAUGCGCAACGGGCGCGGGACGUCCGAGCAGUGGGCGGCGGCCGCGCCCGGGGUGCGUCCGCGGGCGGCGAGCGUCCGCAGGCGUCUGGUCCUGGCCUUCGCGCUGGCCGUCCUGACGCUCGUCGCGGUGACCGCCGCGGCCGUGGCGCUGGGGGUCCGCUUCGAGGAGUGCGGGGGCCCCGAGGAGGGCGCCGCCGCCACGGCGGGGCCGGGCCGUCGCGGCGGCGAGCGGGCGGAGGAGGAGGCGGCGGCGGCGCCGUGGCGGGCGAGCCGGCUGCCGGGCUCGCUCAGGCCGCGCCACUACGACCUCCGCGUGGCCGUCCGCAUGGACAACUUCACCUUCGCCGGCGACGUCAGCAUCGACGUGGAGUGCGUCAACGCCACCAGAUUCGUAGUGCUGCACGCGCACGCGCUCCAGGUGUCCAGCGUGUCGGUGACGGCCAACAGGCCGGGGGGCGGAGCCGUCCGCGUCCAGCGCCACUUCCUGUUCCCGGCCAAUCAGAUGCUGGUGUUGGUCCUCCAUCGAGAGCUCAAAGCUCCCCGGACGUAUCGAGUCAACGUCACCUUCGACGCCGCCAUCGAGGACGAGCUGCUCGGAUUCUUCAGGAGCUCUUACACGCUCGACGGGGAGAGGCGCUACCUGGCGGUGACCCAGUUCAGCCCGACGCACGCCCGCAAAGCGUUCCCGUGCUUCGACGAGCCGGCGUACAAGGCCACCUUCUCGCUGAGCCUGCGUCACGACCCGCAGUACACGUCUCUGGCCAACAUGCCGGUGGAGCGCGGCGGCGGCGACGACGACGACGGCGGCGGCGACGACGGCUGGACGACCCGACGCUUCGCACGCACGCCUCGCAUGUCCACGUACUACCUGGCCUGGGCCGUGUGCAACUUCACGUCCAGAGAGACGCGCGGCGACGGCGGAGUGGCGAUCCGUUUGUUCGCGCGACCGGACGCCGUCGCCAGCGGUGCCGGCGACUACUCGCUUCACAUCGCCAAGAGGCUUCUGGGCUUCUACCAGGACUUCUUCCAGGUCCAGUACUCGCUGCCCAAACUGGACUUGCUGGCGGUGCCCAAGCACCCGUACGCCGCCAUGGAGAACUGGGGCCUGAGCGUUUUCGUGGAGCAGAAGAUCCUGCUGGACGCCCGAGUGUCGUCGGCGUCCUACCGGAUGGAGCUGACCAUGGUGGUCGUCCACGAGAUCUGCCACCAGUGGUUCGGCGACCUGGUGACGCCGGUGUGGUGGGAAGACGUGUGGUUGAAGGAAGGCUUCGCUCACUACUUCGAGUACGUCGGCACCGACUUCCUCUUCCCGAAGUGGAACAUGGAGAAGCAACGCUUCCUGACGGACGUCCUCCACGAGGUCAUGCUGCUGGAUGGCCUGAGCUCCUCUCACGCCAUCUCGCAGGAGGUGCAGGACGCCGCCGACAUCCACCGUGUUUUCGACUGGAUCGCAUACAAAAAAGGGGCAGCGCUGAUCCGGAUGCUGGCCAACGUGAUGGGACAGAGACUCUUCCGGAAAGGACUGAAUGAUUAUCUGCUGAGUCACAUGUACGGCAACGCGGCGCGCGACGACCUGUGGAGGAAACUGUCUGAGGCCAUGCGCUCAGAGGGGCAGGGCAUCGACAUCGGCGCCGUGAUGGACAGGUGGACUCUGCAAAUGGGAUACCCCGUCGUCACCAUCAGCAAGAACCGAUCGGAGCGUUUCGCCACGCGUUACAUCACCGUCAGCCAGGAGCAUUUCCUGUAUGGGCAGGAUGGGAGGGGCAACAGCAGUUUACAGUGGCAGGUGCCGUUGACGGUUGCCAUGGGAAACGGGUCCUGGGUGUGUUCCGAGAGGCUCAUCUGGAUCCACAACAAGACCGAAACUCACAGGGUGAGCGAGAUGGACGACGAGACCUGGUUGCUAGGCAACAUCAACCAGACGGGAUACUUCCGCGUCAACUACGACCUCCAAAACUGGAAGUUGCUGAUUCAGCAGCUCCGCACCAACCCUCAGGUCAUCUCCGUUGGCAACCGCGCCGGACUCAUUGAUGACGCCUUCAACCUUGCCAGAUGUCGCAUAAGUGAUGUCAUCAUCAACGAAGGACGUAAACAUCGUACAUCAAGCCCCUACAUACGGUAUCAUGCACGUACGCCCUCUAGUGGCUGCCUGACGAUGCGCUGUGCCGCACGCAGGGCGGGUUACCUCCCCCAGGGCGUCCCGCUGCAGCUGAUCGGCUACCUGGCCGAGGAGGCGGCCUUCCUGCCGUGGCACGCCGCCAGCCGGGCGCUCUACCAGCUCGACAAGCUGCUCGACCGCACUGACGACUACGCGCUCUUCAGCGACUACGUGCUGAAGCAAGUGGCGUCGCGCUACCAUCAGAUGGGCUGGCCUAGCAACGCGGCUAACGGCGACGGCAGCGUCCUGCGGGCGUCCUACCAGACCGAGGAGCUGCAGCGGGAGCUAAUCAUGUUAGCAUGUAGCUUUGGAAACAAACAGUGCCACCGCCAGGCCGUCGGGUACAUCUCAGACUGGAUUUCCAGCAACAAGAACAGGAUCCCUCCCAAUAUCCGCGACGUGAUUUACUGCACGGGUGUAAGUCUGAUGGACGAGGACGUGUGGGAGUUCAUCUGGAUGAAGUUCCACUCGUCCAACGCCAUCUCCGAGAAGAAGAUCCUGCUGGAGGCGCUCACGUGCUCCGACAACACCUUCCUGCUCAACAGGUUGCUAAACUUGUCGCUGACGUCCGACCUGGUGGCCGAGCAGGACGCCAUCGACGUCGUCGUUCACGUGGGCCGAAACCCUCGAGGCAGGAACCUGGCGUGGAGAUUCUUCCGCGAUAAGUGGGACGUCCUCAACGCGCGGUACGGCGAGGCGCUCUUCAUGAACUCCAGGCUGAUCAACGGCGUGACCGAGUUCCUCAACACGGACGCGGAGCUCUACGAGCUGAAGGACUUCAUCCAAUCAAACGGAGUGGGGGCGGGGCCUGCAUUAGCGCGGGCACUGGAGGUCGUGGAGGGCAACGUGCGCUGGCACCGCCUCCACCGGCGACACUUCUACCAAUGGCUGCGCAAAGCUCCCAGCCCCGCCCACCGCUAAGCUUAUAGGUCAACAACACGGACUCGCUGCUCUCAAAAUUCAUUCCAAACUCAUACGGUGGCUGUCCAAACCUCCCAAAAUGAUGGAACGGGAUUUGAACUGGUUCCAAGCUCGUGCGCAACUUAUUACAAACUCUCUAAAAUUGGUUCAGAACUGGAUCAGAACGGCUUAGAAACUGCAUUAAAAAUGGUUUUGAACAAGUUGAAAAUGGGAUCAGAACUGACUCGUGAUUGGAUCUGAACUGGUUUUGGAAUAUGAGCCAAAACGAAACUAGUUCAAAACAAGAUUCAAACUGGUUCAAAACCGGUACUGACUACAAAUAGGAUCAAUCUGGUUCUGAACUGGAUCAGAUCUGAUUGAAACUUUAUCCGAAUUGGUUAGGAACUGAAGCAGAAAGGAUUACAAACUAGGCCACACUGGUUUGGAAAUGGAUCGAAACAGGAUCCAAAUCAGUAUAUAAACUGGAGCAGAAUGGAUGACAAACUGGGUCAAGCUGUUUUGAAACUGGAUCAGAACUGAUUACAACCUGGUUCAAAAAUGGUUUGGAAGUCUUCAAAAGUGGAUCUGAACUGAUUGGGCCUGCGUUGGCGCGGGCACUGGAGGUUGUGGCGGGCAACGUGCGCUGGCGCCGCCUCCACCGGCGGCCUUGCUCCCAAUGACUGCGCAAAUCUCCCCGCCCCGCCCCGCCCCGCCGCUGAAGUGACAGGUCAACGACACGUGAUUGGCCGCAUCGCCCACCGCUCUCAAAAUUCUCACUUUCUGUCCCCCCCAAAACAAAAAAACAAGCAAGCAGUGGCGGUCAGGUCAGUUAACUGUUAGCUGCUAGCCGCUAACAGUACAACCUUUUUUUUUAACGUUUUUUUGUUGUUGUUUUUUGUAAUGAAGAGCGGUCGCAAACUUAUUAGUCACGCGAGGAAGAGAUUGGCAGCUCUUCAAAAUAAAAGCAUGCAUUUUAUCUCCCUCAUGUGGAAGUAUUUUAUUUCCUUAACUGGUGUGUCUGUACGGAAAAAAAAAAGAAAUCAAACCCCGCCCACCGAGCCUCUCCCAGCCAAUGAGCUUUGUGUGACCUCAUAUUUACAUCUGAAGGAUGAGCAAAGGAAGGGAGGAAGGAGGUUCCGUCCAACUUGACUAAAAUGUCCACCGGAACCUUAAGAGCACGCAUCACCUGCAUCACCACGGCAACGGCAGAACUGGACUGGUUUCGUUGUCAACAUGAAAGAGGAAUGACGCAGUAAUGGAAGCAGGUCAUCAUGCUUGUUUGGAACUGGAUCAGAAUUGGUUCAGGACCGGUUAGAAAUUGGAUCCGAGCUCGUUUUGGAACAGGAUUUCAACUGGUUUGGAACUCUGGAACUUUAGUGGAACUUUUGGAACUUUCCACUUCUGAUACAAAUGCGUGUUGAAAACAAUUGAGCCAUACAUGAAAAACUGUCGUCACUCUUUUGCCUGCUUCUAUACACUCGUCUUUUGCGCGCCUGCGUGUGUGUGUGUGUGUGUGUGUGUGAUUAGCAUUGUUGUAAUUGUUUUGUCCGAUCCUAAAGAGUCCUUUCAGGGGUUCCCAGACUAAAAGCACACACAAGUAACGAAAGAAUUUGUACCCGUUUCACUUCAAAAUGCUAAUUAACGAGGAACUGUUGAUGAAAACGUGAGGUGAAGGAAACAAGAAGUAGUAGAUCAUUUCCUGGGCCUGCUUCCUGUGCUUUCCUGUCUUCUGAUUGGACGUCAAUAAAUGAAAAUGUUGACGUUUA